UCUAUAUAUAUAAACACAACAUUCUCGCACUCUAAUUACAAAUUACCCUAAAAACAUGGACUCAUCAAUGGUUCUAGUUAUGAUCCUAGCCAUUGUUCUGAGCUCCACAAUCCCUACAGCUACCUCUCGUCGAAAUAGCGCGGCCGAAACGACGUUAAUCAUACCGAAACACGAGCAAUGGAUGGCUAAAUAUGGCCGUGUUUACGAAAACGAAUCCGAGAAAAAGAUGAGGUUCGAGAUCUUCAAGAAGAACUUAGAGUUCAUCGAGAACUUCAACAGAAACGGGAACGCAACGUACAAGUUGGGCAUUAACCAGUUCUCGGACAUGACCGACGAGGAAUUUCGUUCCACUUUCACGGGAUUGAGGCUGUCCGAUAAGAUCAUAAAGGGAAAAUCUUUGUCGGGAUCCGAUGAAACGGAUACGCUAAGGCAUGAGAAUGUGAGUCUAGCAGCUAAUAAUGUUCCUGAUAACAUGGACUGGAGAACGCGAGGAGCUGUGACCUCUGUCAAGAACCAGGGCGAAUGCGGAUCUUGUUGGGCGUUCACCUCCGUAGCGGCGGUGGAAGGACUGACAAAGAUCACAACAGGCAAUCUCGUGUCCUUGUCCGAACAGCAGCUCUUGGACUGCGAUAGAUACCACAAAGGCUGUCUCUACGGGUACCUGGAUAGAGCAUUCGAGUACAUAAUCAAGAACGGGAUUGAUUCCUAUAACGACUACCCUUAUAGAGGAUGGCAACAAUCGUGCCGAUCAAACGCUCGGCCCGUCGCCAGGAUCAAGGGAUACAGGGUCAUUCAGAACAGCGAGACGGAGCUGAUGAAGGCGGUGGCAAGGCAACCGGUGGGAGUGGAGGUGGAUCCGUCGUUUAGGCAUUACUCGAGCGGAGUGUACGACGGGCCGUGCGGGACGGAACUGAGCCACGCGGUCACGGCUGUGGGGUAUGGAACGAGCCAGAAAGAGGGGAAGUAUUGGCUGGUGAAGAACUCAUGGGGGCAAGGAUGGGGAGAGAAAGGUUACAUGAGGAUCAGAAAAGACGUGGCCGCUCCUGAGGGUAAAUGUGGUAUUGCAAUGUUUGCAUUUUAUCCGACCGCUUAAAAUAAUGUUUUCAGGUUAUAUUUA